AUGUUCGAAGAGAAGAUCAACACCCCAGAAGUGCGCGAUUAUUUCGAAUCUUUGCGAUUGGAUAUUUGGGACGCAUGGACCUUUUUCAAAAUGGUGGAUGAUGAUGGUGGUGGAACAAUUCCAAUGGACGAAUUCUUAAUGGGUUGCUUGAGACUUCGGGGUCAAGCUCGAGCCGUGGAUGUGGGUCGCAUUAUACAUGACCAGCAGUGGAUGAUAAAGAAUUUUGGCAAGUUCCAGACACACGUCGAGGUGGAGUUAAGAGAAUUGAAAGAUGAACUCGCUCGGCCCAUGGAGGUGAAAACUGGCUCUGCCGGAUUUUAA